GGGACAUCCGAUGCUGCGAUGGUCGACAGGGGGAGAGAUCCGAUGUGAUGGCGGACGAUUCCCACCAAGGGUCAGGCAGAGAUGCAGUUGUUAUGGUAGCACUCGAAAUACAUGUUUCACACGCAAAGUGUCCUAUCGGAUCCUGUUUCUGGGAGCACAGAUGACGAAAGAGGUAGCCAGGAUGGUUCCGCGUGGGUCGAUUAGCGUCCUGGCCAUGUCUUAAACUCCACUGAAUGGAGAAAUUGCUGGUCCCAACAGAGACAACCGAGGCUGGAUCCGAGGAAAAGCUUGUCUGACCACAUUGUGCGGAGGAUCGCUCUGCGAAUCCCACGGCUUUGACUGCGAUUUAGCCUCUCGUUCAUAGCUGGCCAGGCCAUGGGAAUGGGCAAGAUCGCGUCCCGACAACAUGGCAGAAGAGAUCCCUCUCGAAACUCGUCACCGCCGUGAAGAUAGUACCGCCACGUAUCACAGACGGACCUGGUCGGAACGAGAUGUUGCCAACGAGGCAGAUGGCCUGAUUUUGAACACCCCAUCUCCGCCGCCUGACUUGACUUCCCAGGAUGGCUUUGCACAGCGAGUUCGACGCGCGGCAUCGAGGGUUGGAGCACGACUGGGCCGUGAUCCUGACGGUGGGGACGCGUUGAAUGCUAGUCUUCACCCCGAGGGGUACGGUGCCAUCGACGAUAUCCAGCUGGCCGAGCUGAUGGAGGCGGAUCUACACGACGAUACGUUUCGGUUGAAGCUUCGGAAUGCGUUGGAUUCUGAGGCGCACACCCUGGCACAAGGACUGGGGCUAAGAAACCUUCAUCCCGUGGGACAGACCGUUGGGAACGGCGAAGAAGUCAAUGGCGGAGUGCUGUCGCAUCUGGUGCAGAGCUAUACCGGCCACCGACGCCAAUUCAGCGAAAGUACCCUGUCUGUUGCCUCCGUUGCCUCUGUCGAGUCCACCGCUUCUCAAGAUUCGCAGACCGGCAAAACGAAAAAGCCUCGCAAACAGAAAUGGUACGACGAGGGCGAAGAUGAAUCUCGGGUGAACGGGAAGGCGAAGGGAAAGGGGAAAGAGAAAGCAAAGUUGAGGGGGAAAGGAAAGAAACGUCAGGUCCAGCUGACCGAGAAAAUCGGCGCCAUUCUCGCUCGCCAGCAGUAUAUGAUGCGUCUCUGUCGCGCGUUGAUGAAAUACGGGGCCCCUACGCAUCGUCUGGAGGAAUACAUGCAGAUGACCGCCAACGUGCUGACCGUGCAGGGCCAGUUCAUGUAUCUUCCAGGCUGCAUGAUCAUGUCCUUCGACGACCCCCUGACGCAUACGGCUGAGGUGAAAGUCGUCAGCGUGGUCCCGGGGCUGGACUUGGGACGCUUGGCCAUGACCCACAACGUCUAUAAAAAUGUGAUGCAUGGCAAAUUAGACGUCGACCAGGCGAUCUCGGACUUGGAUGAGCUGAUGAAGCGCAAGAAUCGGUAUCACAAACCCUGGGUCAUGGUGAUUCUGUCUGGUCUGGCCAGCGUGGCCGUUGGGCCCUGGGGCUUCGACGCUCGGCCAAUCGACAUGCCCGUUAUCUUUCUUCUGGGCUGUUUGCUGGGUAUCUUACAGCAUGUACUUGCCCCAGCGUCGGCCAUGUACUCGAACGUAUUCGAGGUUAGCGUGGCGAUCCUGGUCUCUUUUCUGGCCCGCGCAUUUGGAAGCAUUCGCGUCGACGGGCAACCGGUAUUUUGCUUUCCUGCCAUGGCCCAAGCCUCGAUUGCUUUAAUUCUUCCGGGAUACUCCGUGCUGUGCAGCAGCCUGGAAUUACAGUCUCAUCAAAUCGUGGCCGGAUCUAUCCGACUGGUGUACACUAUCAUCUACUGCCUGUUCUUGGGCUACGGAGUCACGGUAGGAAUCACCAUCUAUGGCCUGAUGGACAGCCACGCGACGACGGAGGCCUCGUGCCCUGCCGAGAGUCUGCUCGUUUAUGGAAACGACUACAUCCACCGCUUCGUGUUUGUGGCAAUCUACUGCGCCAUAGCCGGUGUCAUCAACCAAGCCAAGUGGAAACAAAUCCCCAUGAUGGUCUUCCUCGGUCUGAGUGGAUAUGUCACCAACUACUUCGCCAACAAGGCGCUUGACGGAAGAUUGGCGAGCACGAUCGGGGCUUUUACGAUCGGACUGCUUGCUAAUCUCUAUUCCCGAGUGUGGCAUGGCCAUGCAGCAGCUGUGAUUGUGCCGGGAAUGUUCACAUUGGUCUCUUCAGGAUUGGCAACCAGUGGAUCCAUCAUGUCGGGGUUGGCUUAUGCUGCCGCCGUGAAGAACAACACAGCCGCCGACGAUGAUUCUUCUAGCGGAUCGUUGCAGGACUCUCUGUCUGGAUUGGGGUACAGCAUGGUGCAGACGGCGUUGGGUAUUACUGUAGGGCUCUUUCUCUCCGCGUUGGUGGUUUAUCCAUACGGAAAAAGGAGGAGUGGCCUAUUUAAUCUAUGAUGCUAUCUACGAUAUUGG